UUCGUCAGUCAUUGUCUGGCAUUCUUCGUGCUUGGCCAAGGUACUCUAACGUCAUCGAGCGCAUUGGUCCGCCAUUUUCUAAGCGUGUAGUUGGCAAAAUCGUUUUUGUUAGAAAAUCAUUCCAAAAUGUCGAAUACGGUAGAAAUACCAGAUAACGAUGUUCCAGAAAUGAAGCCAGAAGUUCGUAUAAGCAAAAGAGAUCGAGAAUCUCGAGAUGGUAGAAAUAACCGACAGGAUAGACAAGGAGAAAGAGAUCGUGGCAAUUUCCAGGGACGAAGGAAUAAAGAUCCGGUAAAGGAACGUUUAGCUUCUGUAAGUGGACCCACGCACAAUUUACAAACAAGAGAAGGCGGAGAACCGAAAAAAUUUACGGGAAGAUGUAGACUUUUUGUUGGAAAUUUACCAUCAUCAAUUACUGACGACGCGUUCAAACAGUUAUUUCAACCGUUUGGUGAAAUCGCAGAAGUGUUUUUAAAUGCAUCGAAAGGUUUCGGAUUCGUUAAAUUGGAUACAAGACAAAAUGCAGAAGCAGCUAAGGCAGCAUUAGAUUUUUCAGUCAAAGAUGGCAAAGCACUUCGUGUGAGAUUUGCAACACAUGGAGCAGCUUUAAAAGUAAAAAAUCUUUCUGGUUGGGUUUCCAACGAGUUGUUGGAAGCUGCUUUUUCAAUAUUUGGAGAAGUGGAAAGAGCAAUUGUUAUUGUUGAUGAUCGAGGAAGACCUGUUGGAGAAGGUAUUGUAGAAUAUUCUAGAAAACAAGCUGCUCAAACUGCACUGAAAAGGUGUACAGAAGGAUGCUUUUUGUUGACCAGCUCACCUAGACCAGUUCUUGUUGAACCAUUAGAACAGAGAGAUGAAGAAGAUGGUCUUCCAGAGAAAAAUUUUCAGAAAAAUAAUAAACAGUAUUUAAAAGAAAGAGAUAUUGGACCACGACUAGGCGAACCUGGAACUUUUGAGUAUGAUUUUGCUACCCGUUGGAAACAGCUUUAUGAAGUUGAAAGACAAAAACGGGAAAAUUUAGAAAAAGAAAUUCUAGAAGCACGACACCAAUUGGAAGAACAAAUGGAAUACUCGCUCUAUGAACAUGAAACUAAUGUUUUAAGAGAGAAAUUACGCCAUAUGGAAGAGCAAAGUACUCUUCUACAAAGAGAGAGAGAUAUCAGACGAGAGGAAGAACGCCGUCGAGAUGAGCAGCGCCGGCAAGAAGAACUUAUGUUGCGCCAGCAACAAGAAGAAAUCUUAAGACGACGAAGUGCUGAAGAAAUUCGUCGGCGCCAAGAGGAUACCCUCAUGAUGCAGAUAUAUAUUUUUUUUAGACGAGAGGAAGAACGCCGUCGAGAUGAGCAGCGCCGGCAAGAAGAACUUAUGUUGCGCCAGCAACAAGAAGAAAUCUUAAGACGACGAAGUGCUGAAGAAAUUCGUCGGCGCCAAGAGGAUACCCUCAUGAUGCAGGCAAGUUCCCUCUCUGAUCUGCUUGACCGGCAAGAAGCAGCUCUCAGACAAAUGCAAGGUUCUGGGAAUCAAGGUAUGGGAGAUCAUAUGGGUGCUGCUGCUGCCGCUGCUGCUGCUGCAGCCAUGGGUCCAGGACCAGGAGGACCAUCAGGAGGGUCUGGAAUGUCUGGACCAGGAGCAAUGAUGCAAGGACCUGGAGGAAUGGGAAUGCCACAGCGACAGUCACGAUUUGAUCAGCCUCCACCUUAUAUGGGUGGUCCACCAGGUCCUGUACCUGGAAAUCACAGUAAUAUGGGCCCUCCUGGGGCACCGCCCUCUGGAAAUAUGAAUAAUAUGCGUGGUAACGGUCCUAUCUCAGGACGUGGUAAUCCUCGCGAAAUGAUGGAUCGCAGAGAUCACAGGGAGGAUUAUCCAAUGGAAAACAAGAGACGCAGAUAUUGAAUGUGGACAUUCAUUUUUUUUAUCUUCAUUGUAGUUGUAGAAUUUGUCUAUCAUGUAUAUGCCUGUGUUAAUGAUAACUUUCAUUAUGAAGUAGGAAGAUACUAUUACUCAUCGUAAAAUGCACUUAACUAACUUUCCAAUUUGAUUGUUAUAAUAUUAUAAGUGUAAUUAAGUUUUUCACUCAUGGGAAUUGUACUAUGUUGUGAUCAAUAAAAUGGGUCUUUUUAUGUGAAA